UAAAGAAAACAAAGAGACUUCAGAAUGAGUGUGGGGCAUAUCAGCCGCUACAGCAUCGUGUCGUCGGAGGAGGACGGCCUACGCCUGACCACCAUGCACGGCGGCGGGCUGGGCGGCAUGAACGGCUUCGGCAACGGCAAGAUCCACACGCGGCGGAAAAGCCGCAACCGCUUCGUGAAGAAGAACGGCCAGUGCAACGUGCAGUUCACCAACAUGGACGACAAGGGCCAGCGCUACCUGGCCGACAUCUUCACCACCUGCGUGGACAUCCGGUGGCGCUACAUGCUGGUGGUUUUCACGCUGGUGUUCGUGGUGAGCUGGCUGGCGUUCGGAUUGGCCUUCUGGGCCAUCGCGCUCUUCCACGGUGAUCUGGACAACCCGGCGGGAGACGACAACUUCACGCCGUGUGUGCUGCAGGUCAACGGCUUUGUGGCGGCGUUCCUCUUCUCCAUUGAGACCCAGACCUCCAUUGGCUAUGGCUUCCGCUGCGUGACGGAGGAGUGUCCCGUGGCCGUCUUCAUGGUAGUGUUCCAGAGCAUCGUGGGCAGCAUCAUCGACUGCUUCAUGAUCGGCGCCAUCAUGGCCAAGAUGGCGCGGCCCAAGAAGCGAGCCCAGACACUGCUAUUCUCGCACAACGCCGUCAUAGCCAUGCGCGACGGCAAGCUGUGCCUCAUGUGGCGCGUGGGCAACCUGCGCAAGAGCCACAUCGUGGAGGCACACGUGCGGGCGCAGCUCAUCAAGCCGCGCGUCACAGAGGAGGGUGAGUACAUCCCCCUCGACCAGCUGGACAUCAACGUGGGCUUCGACAAGGGCCUGGACCGCAUCUUCCUGGUGUCGCCGCUCACCAUCCUGCACGAGAUCGACGAGACCAGCCCGCUCUACGGCAUCGCCCAGCAGGACCUGGAGACGGCCGACUUCGAGAUCGUGGUGAUCCUGGAGGGCAUGGUGGAGGCCACGGCCAUGACGGCGCAGGCGCGCAGCUCCUACCUGGCCAGCGAGAUCCUGUGGGGCCACCGCUUCGAGCCCGUGCUCUUCGAGGAGAAGAACCUCUACAAGGUGGACUACUCGCACUUCCACAAGACCUACGAUGUGCCCAGCACGCCUCGCUGCAGCGCCAAGGACAUGGCGGAGAGCAAGUUCCUGCAGGUGCCGGCCAACGCCAACGCCUUCUGCUACGAGAACGAGCUGGCCUUCCUUAGUCGGGAGGAAGAGGAGGACGAGGCGGGUGGCGGUGGUGGUGGCGGUGGUGGGGCUGGAGAGCGCGCACUGCCGCCCAACCUAAGUCCCGACCGAACCAGCCGCUUGCAGACGCCGCGGCCUCAUGAACAGAGAUCGUACCGCCGUGAGUCGGAGAUAUGA